AUGUCAACUAGCGAUGAUGAUGUGCCCCUUGCUGUAGUUGCCGAGAAGGUGAAGCAGAAGAGUGGAGUGGGCGAUAAAAAAAGGAGUCCGAAAAGUCCGAAAAAAGUGAUCAUGAACAGAGAAGAAAGCGCAAGAAAAGAAAACCCCCGCUAGAGGACGAAUCCAACAGCGAUGAAAACCCCUUGGGCGGCGCGAGUGGCGACGGUGAAGGUGAAGAAGAUGGGAAAGAUUCCGGUAAUGAAAAAAGCACGAAGACGAAACAUAAGGAAAACAAUUCCAGUAUUGAGUCGGAAGAAAGUGAUCACGAACAAAAGAGAAGGCGUAAGAAAAGAAAACCCCCGUUAGAGGAUGAAUUCGACAGUGACGAGAUUCCUUUGGGCAUCGCGACUAGCGACAAAGAUAGUAAGGACGAGAAGGAUUCUGAAGACGAAAAGAGCGCAAAAAAGAAGGAAAACCGUUCUAGUGAGGAGAAAGACACCGUGGACAGCAAGGGGCAUGAAGCCACUAAUGGGGAUGGAGCAGAGAACCUUUAGAGACAGGAUUGAAGGAAUUUUCUGUCUCAUCCUUCAUCGACAGUAG